UCGUUCACGACUUCACGAGUGUGAUGACUCCAGCAGCGGCCAGUCGUUCGACAUACUUUCGCAGUAUCGGACGAAACUAAGCAAGUUCGUCGCGUAUAUUUUUGUAUUAUCAAUUCGACCUUGGUGUUAUUUUGAAUCUGUGUUUUCAAGCGAAAUAGCGCUAACAACAUGUCAACGGUAGUAGAAAACGGUGUUCUGGGAGUCGAAAAUCGAGUGAAUGGUCAUGUUUAUAUGAAUGGCAACAAAAGCAAUGGCAUCAGUAAUGGUGUUGCAAAUGGCAAUGGUGCCAGCAACGGCAAUGGAGUUGCAAAUGGAAUCGGCGCUUGGGAGAAAGAGUUUCUUCCACCGCCGUUGCAAUUAGAUGAUAUAGCCAGAGCGAUUAAGGUGGAGUCAAGAUUAUCAGGAUUGGUGCUUUGUGGAGAUAUCUUAAGACGAGUAGGAGAAGUGUUCACAAGAGAGAUAGAAAAUGGUCUUCGGGAGAAGCCAUCCAGCUUGCAGAUGGAGAACACAUAUGUCCCGGAACUGCCUGAUGGAACUGAGGAAGGCGUUUUCUUAGCGUUAGACCUUGGCGGCACCAAUUUCCGAGUUCUAUACUUAGAACUACGAGGAGGUCAGCUUGUGAAGGAGGAUGUUAAACAUUAUCACAUCAGUGAUGAGUUAAGGUUGGGGCCAGGUGAAGAUUUGUUCAACUUCCUCGCUGACUGUGUUCAGGACUUCUUAAGAUCUGAUGGAAUGGAACGUGAUGAGCUAUCGUUAGGGUUUACGUUCUCCUUCCCCAUGAAGCAACAUUCAAUAUCCUCAGGAGAGCUGAUAACGUGGACUAAGAGUUUCAACUGUGGCGGUAUGAAGGGAGUUGACGUUGCAGCUCUUCUACAGCAAUGCUUGAGGAAGAGGGGAUUGAAGGUCACGGUGCAAGUUUUGCUUAAUGACACCACAGGGACUUUGGUUGCUGGCGCGCAUUUGGACCCUGAAGUAGCUAUUGGCGUAAUUAUGGGCACUGGCUCUAAUGGUUGCUAUAUGGAGCGUGCAGAUCGGGUCCAACACUGGGAAGCCCGCCAUGAGAGGGUACAUGAUGUCUGUGUGGAUAUAGAAUGGGGUGCCUUUGGAGACAACGGUUGCUUGAAUUUCCUGCGGACAGAGUUUGAUGAAGAAGUCGACAGAAACUCUUUACUGGCUAAAUCAUUCACAUUCGAGAAAUACAUCGGCGGUAAAUAUUUGGGUGAUAUGCUGUGCGCUGUUUUGAGCGGAUUGGCCAGGGAUGGACUGUUUCCAGCUCAGCCCAGUAGAGGAGAACUGGAAUCUGCACACGUCAGCAUGUUUGAGCAAGAAAACGUAUGCGGAGAAUGGUCGCAGACUUCGGAGGCUCUGUGCGAGGCUUGCGGUGGCGUCUCCAUGACGAAGGCUGAUGCUCUGGUGGCGCAGCAUGUUGCCAGGGUCAUAUCGAACCGGGCGGCACAGCUAGUAUCCGUUUGUAUUGCAACACUUCUCCGACGCAUGGAUCGUGGUCACACCGCGGUUGCUGUCGAUGGCUCGGUCUUCAAGAGACAUCCUCGCAUCAAGGGUCUGAUGAACAAGUACAUCUCCUUGCUGGCUCCAUAUCACAAGUUCACGCUGCUCGGCGCUGAAGACGGAAGCGGCAAAGGUUCAGCAUUAACUGCUGCUAUUGCCGCAAGAGUUGCUGCAAGAACGCCUUAGUUGCUGAUGAGAAGUGUAACAGACUGAUAUUUUAGAUUUUAAGACUAAACAAAAUAGUUUUCCAUAAUUAUGCAAAGGUUUUGAGUUUUUUUUAGUGUUAAUUGCGGCAAAAUUUUUCUUCAAAUAAUUCGACGCGUGUUUCUACACGAGAUACGAGUCUCGUGCAAGAGGUUGGCGAGUCAACAUCUCGAGGAUGCCUCGUGUAGUGGCGAAACACGUCUCGAAUUGUUUGAAGACAAAUAUUGGCGGAAUUAGCACUAAAAUAAACUUAAAACAUUUGGAUAAAAAAAAAAUAAUAUAAUAUGUGUUUGCUGCAUAUAGAUAACACUGUUCGUUUUUUUAUCUAUAUAGUGCAUACUGUAACUCAAUCAAUUAAAUCAAUCGAGUUUCUUUGUUUCUGAGUCCCAGUUAUUUUAAUUACUCAUGUAAUGCAGUCUCCUCGACUAAUAUUCGACAAAAUGGGUACAGAAUUAAUAAUUAAUUGGUACACAUUUUACGGUUUGACAAUACAACACAUAAUAUUGGAGUUACGUGUAUUUUAAAAUCAUUUUACUUUUGGCAUUUAUCUGAAAUAAUUACUGGUAAUAUCCCCUAUAACGCGAUAGAGUGGUACAACGUUAUAGGUGUGCCUUCGUAUAACGCGUUAUUACGACCUCGUUAUUCGUAAUAAUAAUAAUAAUAAUUGAUCACAAUAUUCGUGGCAAGUAUUUUCAAUUUUUUGCCUAGUUUUCUAUUUUAUUGAAGUUUUAAA